UCCUUAGUUUCAUACUUCGCAGAAACAAACGCGAUGAAAUAAAACCCAGGCACUAUCGAGGGCGUCAUUGCUCCGCUAAAGGGGGUCCUUGAGGCUCACUGUCGCGUGUUGAUUACGUCACCGGCGGCAAAUCCGUAUCAGGUUCUGGAAGGUGGGAAGGUUACGAGGAUCCUCGCUGCUGAUUGGCUGAACAUCACACUGGUAUUACACUGACUGAGUUUGCAAGCUCUGCAUGCGCUGCUUCGUGGAGGUUUGGACCUGACGAUGGCUCGUCCUCCCCCAGACCCUGUGUUUACUCUGAGGGGAUCGGCUGCCUCUGUUAACACACUCCACUUUCACUGCGCUGAGGCGGGACUUCCUCUGCUCUACUCAGGAACAGGAAAAGGUUUAGUCCACGUGUGGAACCUGAACACCCGACGAGCUGAGAGCAUUUUAGACGGUCAUUCUGGAGCUUCGGUUAUCUGGGUCAGCACCGUUCGCUCCACAAACACCUUCCUCAGUCAUGGUCGGGAUAUGCGAGUGUGUUUGUGGGAUUUGCACGAGGGUCGCAGAACAGUAGCACAUUCGUUGCACACAGGAAGCGUCGGGUUCUGCCAAUGUUGUCUUCUGGAGGCUGAUGGAAGUAAAACCCUGCUCGCACUUCCAGCGGAAAACAUGGAGGAGAUAAAGGUGAUGGAGUUGGCGAGUCGGACGCUGACCUGCUCUUUAAUCCCAGACGAUAAACACGGCAUGCUGAUGUGCAUGAAGAUGUGGCAGACAGAUGCUGGUCCUCUGCUGUGUGCCGGUUAUGAAGAUGGUUCUCUUGUGAUUUGGGACGUGUCCUAUAGACGUCCUGUCAGCUGCCUGAAGGUCCAUCCUGAACCUGCCAUGUGUCUGGACUUUGACGUUGGCAAGCAAAAAGGCAUCUCUGGUUCCUCGGACAACAUCCUCUGCUCCUGGAUGCUUGAUGGCCAGCAAAACCUUCAGAUUCAGGACUCUGUGCCAUUGACCAAUCCUGGAGUGGCCCAUCUAUGUGUCCGUGGUGAUGGUAAGAUCGUAGCAGCAGCUGGCUGGGACGGAAGUGUGCGGAUUUUCAGCUGGAAGAGGUUGAAGCCACUUGCUGUCCUGCAGCACCACAAAGAUUUGGUUCACAGUGUGGCCUUCUCUGACCAUCUGGAGCCUUCGAAACGUUUGAUGGCAGCAGGAUCGAAGGAUCAGCGCAUCAGUCUCUGGUCUAUUUACACAGAGAGCUGAGUUACGAAUUAACCGUCUUCACUUCCUAGGGUGCAGAAUUCUAAUGUAUGAAUAUUAAGGUUACAAUGAAGCAUAUUAGCAGUUUCUCCCUCUCGAAAGGUUCUUGCUAACUUGCAUCGCAUUACAAGAAAAGUGGGUUUUGAACAGGCUUAAAAGUUUGAGCUUGGCACACAGAAACACACAAAGCACGAUGAUGGAUUUUAUGACUGGGGUUCUUGUGCAGCCCUGUACUUCCAGCCAGAAGGAUGAACAAUCAGUAAUAAUCAAUUAAAUAACUGAGACGUGAAUGGAGUGAGUCUUUAAGAAUACUUUCAGAAAACCCAGAGACCAUAUGCCUAUUAAUUCAAGCCAUGUGUUCCAGCAUGGCUCCCAUUUCUUUGUGUUUAUCUGUGGCUAUUGAAGUUAACACAAGUCUCCAUCUGCUCUGCACUCCAGGCCUGAUCUAAAUCCCAGAACACAGUGACUGAGCAUCCUUCACCAAACACCAUCAAACCCAAAUGUUGGGUUGGUCUUGUCAUACCUGUAUGUGAAUGUUGGAAAACAUCUUGAAUGUUCUUCACCAUUCACACGGGUUCAUUAAGCUUGGCAGUUCUUUUACUGGAACGUAAGCCAAGCCGAAUGACAUCUGAGUGGUGUGUAGUGGAAAAUGUUAGUGUUUAAUAAAGAAUGUUGGGUUGAUGUGUUUUGGGAGCUAGCAUACAGCAUUACUGCUGAAACACUUCUACAUCAAGUGGCAUCCUGAAAAGAACAAUCUCUUGUCAGGUAAUUCAUUAGCCGUCUUUACCAAGCUUAAAGCUCAAAAGGUCAAACGUUUUGUUUCAAUUCAUCAAGCAUGGUCAACUUAAUACCACACAAACACAAACUGGCUGUGUUUUAAUCUGUUAUAUUGUCAGCCGCAAAGCUGAACCGUUUUCCCUCUACACUGUUUGCUUUCCUGCUUCGAUAGAUUUGUAUUUGCACUCGCAGGUCGCACCUGAGUGGCUGUGCAUAAUUCACGGCUUGUUUUCUUAGAAACCGGUGGCGAGCUUAAACGCUGCCCUGUGGACUGACCCUGCCUGCAUUCAUCACACUGAGUUAAUCAGUAGCGCACGGACAGGCCUGUUUGUUAGCAAGAUUCAUUGGGGCUGCUUAGCCAAGAAAAAAAUCUGUUGAAGCGGGCAAAUGAAUUGUGACACUGAUUGUGUUACUGUGUUUUAUUACACUGAAAUCUGUUCUAAUUCAUGAGUGAGAGUGUGAAAGAUUAAUCAACUUGUUUUUGAAAUAAAUGAGUUUUGUUUUUA